GGGCCUCCCGUGCAAUCACUACGCCCUGGGACCCGGAAACCGUUUUCCGGUCUUUCGCUUUCGGCUGGCGCGGAGCCUGGAGGCCGCGGUGCAGCGUAGGCUGGGCCGGGCGCAGGAACAGCCCCGUGGCGCCCUCCCUGGCCGCCGCCCAGGCGGAAAACGUCGUUCCGGGGACCUGGCGACCCCGCAGCGGGGAGCGCGCCAGGUCCGUGCGGGGAAGGGGGCGGUGUGCGGCCGGCACCGCCUCGCACCACGCCCCCGCGGGCCCGCACUUGCCCAGAGUGGACCCCGCGGCCGCCAGCCAGGGCGAUGGCGGGGCUCUGGCUGGGGCUUGUGUGGCAGAAGCUGCUGCUGUGGGGGGCGGCGAGUGCCGUGUCCCUGGCCGGCGCCAGUCUGGUCCUGAGCCUGCUGCAGAGGGUGGCGAACUACGCGCGGAAAUGGCAGCAGAUGCGACCCAUCCCCACGGUGGCCCGCGCCUACCCACUGGUGGGCCACGCGCUGCUGAUGAAGCGGGACGGGCGAGAAUUUUUUCAGCAGAUCAUUAAAUACACAGAGGAAUACCGCCACAUGCCACUGCUGAAGCUCUGGGUGGGGCCAGUGCCCAUGGUGGCCCUUUACAGUGCAGAAAAUGUGGAGGUAAUUUUAACUAGUUCAAAGCAAAUUGACAAAUCCUCUAUGUACAAGUUUUUGGAACCAUGGCUUGGCCUAGGACUUCUUACAAGUACUGGAAACAAAUGGCGCUCCAGGAGAAAGAUGUUAACGCCCACUUUCCAUUUUACCAUUCUGGAAGAUUUCUUAGAUAUCAUGAAUGAACAAGCAAAUAUAUUGGUUAAGAAACUGGAAAAACACGUUAACCAAGAAGCAUUUAACUGCUUUUUUUACAUCACUCUUUGUGCCUUAGAUAUCAUCUGUGAAACAGCUAUGGGGAAGAAUAUUGGUGCUCAAAGUAAUGAUGAUUCCGAGUAUGUCCGUGCAGUUUAUAGAAUGAGUGAGAUGAUAUUUCAAAGAAUAAAGAUGCCCUGGCUUUGGCUUGAUCUCUGUUACCGUAUGUUUAAAGAAGGAUGGGAACACAAAAAGAGCCUUAAGAUCCUACAUACUUUUACCAACAAUGUCAUCGCUGAACGGGCCAAUGAAAUGAACGCAGAUGAAGACUGUAGAGGUGAUGGCAGGGGCUCCGCUCUCUCCAAAAAUAAACGCAGGGCCUUUCUUGACUUGCUUUUAAGUGUGACUGAUGACGAAGGGAACAGGCUAAGUCAUGAAGAUAUUCGAGAAGAAGUUGACACCUUCAUGUUUGAGGGGCACGACACAACUGCAGCUGCAAUAAACUGGUCCUUAUACCUGUUGGGUUCCAACCCAGAAGUCCAGAAAAAAGUGGAUCAGGAAUUGGAUGACGUGUUUGGGAAGUCUGACCGUCCCUCUACCGUAGAAGACCUGAAGAAACUUCGGUAUCUGGAAUGUGUUAUUAAGGAGACCCUUCGCCUUUUUCCUUCUGUUCCUUUAUUUGCCCGUAGUGUUAGUGAAGAUUGUGAAGUGGCGGGUUACAGAGUUCUGAAAGGCACUGAAGCCGUCAUCAUUCCCUAUGCAUUGCACAGAGAUCCGAGAUACUUCCCCAACCCCGAGGAGUUCCAGCCUGAGCGAUUCUUCCCCAAGAAUGCACAAGGGCGCCAUCCAUAUGCCUACGUGCCCUUCUCUGCUGGCCCCAGGAACUGUAUAGGUCAAAAAUUUGCUGUGAUGGAAGAAAAGACCAUUCUUUCAUGCAUCCUGAGGCACUUUUGGAUAGAAUCCAACCAGAAAAGAGAAGAACUUGGUCUAGAAGGCCAGUUGAUUCUUCGUCCAAGUAAUGGCAUCUGGAUCAAGUUGAAGAGGAGAAAUGCCGAUGAACCCUAACUAUAUUAUUGGGUUGUGCCUUUAUCAUGAGAAAGGUCUUUAUUUUAAGAGAUCCUUGGCAUUUACAAUUUAUAGAUCAUGGGUUCAAUAUGCUUGAAUCCCCUAGACUUAAUUUUUCCUUGAUCCCACUGAUCUUGACAUCAAGUCUAACAAAGAA